UUUUUUUUUUUUUUUUUUUUGCCUUGCCAUGUAAUAUUUAAUCCUGAGCUCAGGGAUUGGGGCGUGUUUAUCAGCGCCUCUGACUGGGAGAUACGGACUGGGAGAGAGGAUCACUCAGGGCUCGGAAACACUCCUCUCACUUUACCGGCGACACGAGCUCUGCUUCGAUAACCGGUUCACAAAGUAAACUCUGCGCAGAUCCGCCGCUAAUCUGGCGAAAUCCUCCGCUCGGCUCAGCUCUCCGAUGGAGCGGUGGAAAGGCAGAGUGGCGCUCGUGACCGGAGCCUCUGUCGGGAUCGGAGCGGCUGUCGCGCGCGCUCUCGUCCAGCAGGGCAUGAAGGUGGUCGGGUGCGCGCGCAGCGUCGAUAAAAUAGAAAAGCUGGCAGCUGAGUGUCAGAGUGCGGGCUACAGCGGGACCCUGAUCCCAUAUAAAUGUGACCUGUGCAACGAGGAGGAGAUCCUCUCCAUGUUCUCGGCCAUAAAGACCCUGCUUCAGGGGGUGGACGUGUGUAUCAACAACGCCGGCCUGGCUCACAACGAGCCUCUGCUUAGUGGCCGCACUGAGGGGUGGAAGAACAUGCUCGAUGUGAACGUUCUCGCUCUGGCCAUCUGCACACGUGAAGCCUACCAGUCCAUGAGGGAGAGAAAUGUGGACGAUGGACACAUCAUCAACAUCAACAGUAUGGGAGGACACAGGAUGGUACCGAGCGCCGACGAGCAUUUCUACUGCGCCACCAAAUACGCCGUGACGGCACUUACUGAGGGGCUCAGACAGGAGCUGAGGGAGGCCAAGACACACAUCCGUGCCACGUGUAUAUCUCCUGGCAUAGUGGAGACCGAGUUCGCCUUCAGACACCACAACAGUGAUCCAGAGAAAGCUGCUUCUGUGUAUGAAAGUAUAAAGUGUUUGAAAGCAGAAGACAUAGCCAGCGCCGUCACCUACGUCCUCGGCGCCCCUCCACAUGUUCAGAUCGGAGACGUGCAGCUGCGGCCGGUGGAGCAGGUGUCCUAGUGAUGGAACGGAGACAUGUCGAUGGAGAGCGGAGAAGACCGAACCAGCAGCAAACAGCGUCUCUCUGGCAACACCUGCUGGACAAACCGUACAGAUAGUUUUAAAACACGGAAUCGAAAGGGAAUUUUGUGGUUUGUGUGUGGUUUGAGGAAAUCGUAGCGAAUCUGAAAAUCUGAAGCUGUAUGAGAGGGAACUGGUCCAUAAAAGAUGGGGAGAAAAUAGAGAGAUAUGAGUGGUACUGUUCCAAUUUACACAAACAUGGCUGCCUCAACGUGAUAAGAUUUUUUUUUUUUUUUAGUAGAUGGAAACUGGAAAAUGGAAACAGGGACCAUGUAGGGCUGAAAAAUGGUCCCCACUUAUGACCACAGACCAGAAUGUCGUCGGUUGGACAUUUUUUUUUUAAGGUCAUAUGACAUAUCUGUUUUGAAAUGAAACAAAAACACUGCCACUCAGUGUGCAGCAAAUUGGUGUAGAAAACACUGUUGCAAUUAUAAUGUAUUAAUCAAUCUC